AUGGCCGCCACAAGACCAGGUCCUCCACAGCUGACGAACUUGUACCACCUACGGACGGUGGGUACCGAGAAGACGUGCAGCAUGUGCGGCAAAGCCACGUUCGCCUGUCUGGGUCAGUGCCCGACGUUGGCCAACCGCCGACUUGCUCUACGCUGCAGCUGGACCCUUCGCUGAAUAUCACGAUUCCAACAGCUACACCGGACGUUGGCGACUUCAUUUACGUGUGCACCUCCCACUUGGCCGAUCCGGGCGUGAGCUCGACUCCUGGUCCGCUCCGCUUGGACACCGUACGAAGGCGUGAAGCUGACAUCUGAUCUAGUGCACCGUAGUUCGCCAAGCCUGCAACCAGCUCGAGCACACCUUCGACACCUUCAUCAACCUCGAGUCCUGCUCCGGCCAGUCCGGCCAACCUGCAGUCCGAGAUUGAAAAGGUCAAGGCCGAAUACGAGGCCAAGCUCGCGGCCAAGGACAAGGCGCUCGCCGACGCCGCGGUGGCCAAGUCGUCCUCUUCCUCGUCGUGGUUGCAUUCCGGUCUCAAGACGGGCUACUCGGCCGUGUCUUCGUUGGCCACGACGACGAUGGCGACGAUCACUACCCCGCUCGCUCCUCCGCCGGCGCCGGUGCCGAGCCCGCACGAGGUGAACAAGGCGAUCGCGCUCAAUUCCAAGGUUUUUACAUUGCACAGAAGUAUCUUUGCCAUGAGGUAGGUCUCGUCUCGGUAAUACACACUGUCGAACCUUCGGUCAUGGGUGCUAAACCUACAAUGUUGCCCCACAGGCAGGAUGCGGUCAAGAAGAAGUGGCAGGCGCAGGAUGCCCGCGAGAGGGCCAAAGGGCUGGGACUGCCGAGUGUACCGAUCAGUAGGCCUUGA